AUGUUGAGCCCUGUGGUUCAAUUCCAUGGUAAAUGGCCCUUCCGCAGAAUGCUGGGGAUGCAGGAGCCCUUUUCGGUGCUCUUCUCCUUCUUCAAUUUCGCGGCGCAUUGGCAUGGCAUGUCUCGAAUCCAGGAAUCAAUCCCGGCCUGGCACUCUCUCCGGAAAUACUAUAUGGCGUUUGGAUACUUCGGAUUGGCCAGUUGGACCUUCAGCAUGAUCUUCCACACCAGAGAUUUCGCCAUCACUGAGAAGUUCGACUACUGGGGCGCUGGCGCCAGCGUCUUGUACGGUCUGUACUUGGCCGUGGUCCGAAUCUUGCGCUUGGAUCUGGAGAACCCCCCCGCACCGUCCGACCCUGCGUCGCCUGUGGACCGCAAUCUGUAUUCUGCUCUACACGCUGCAUCCAACGUCGCAGUUGGUAUCAUCCAGAAUCUGAUGUGGACGGGCUUCAGUAUCGUCCGAUACAAGAAGCAUCUCAAGUCCUGGACAGCUUGGCCUGGUAUGAUCGUUGCAUGGCUCAUCCUGGCCAUGAGCUUGGAAUUGCUCGACUUUCCCCCAUGGAAUGGAUUGAUUGAUGCCCACAGCCUUUGGCACCUGGGAACUGUAGUCCCCACCGCUUGGUGGUACUCGUUCCUCAUCAAAGAUACGCAAGAUGAUAUCGCCAGCCACCGACUGAAAGCCUAA